ACUGACCUACUCUCAGGUUUUUUAACAGCAUGGAGUUCAGUGUCUCCCCACUUCUUCAGUCAUAAGAAACACAGAGAAAGAGAGAGGGGGAGAGCGAGAGAUAGAUGAUGGCGUUCUCCUUCUCGCCCACGUCGUCUUCAUCUCUGUUGCACUCUAAUCUGAACUUGAUAGAGAAGGGGGCGUCCCUCCCUGCACAACUCGGCUGCUCGCUCAUCUGCCCUUUCAGACAUCCUUCCUUAGCCAGAAAAAGGUGCACUCUAAGAAAGGAGAGAAAAGAAAUUGGUCACACAGUUGCUUCUAUCACUGAUUUUUCUGUGGAUAAAUCCAUUGAAACAGCAGCUCUUCUGAAAGGUGAGACAUGGUCUGUCCAUAAAUUUGGUGGAACAUGUGUUGGAACUCCCAAGAGAAUCCAGAACGUGGCAGAGAUAGUUGUCAGUGACCCAUCCGAAAGAAAGGUUGUAGUUGUUUCUGCCAUGUCAAAAGUAACUGACAGCAUGUAUGACUUAAUUUACAAAGCACAGUCUAGGGAUGAUUCUUAUGUUUCAGCAUUGGAUAGCCUCUAUGAGAAACAUAAGGUUACAGCGAGUGAGUUGCUUGAUGGAGAUGUUCUUGCUUCUUUCCUUUCUCGGUUGCAUCAAGAUAUCACCAAUUUAAAGGCAAUGCUUCGUGCUAUAUAUAUAGCUGGUCAUGCUACGGAGUCGUUUUCAGACUUUGUUGUGGGUCAUGGUGAAUUGUGGUCCGCUCAGAUGCUGUCUGCUGUUGUCAAUAAGUUGGGAGUGAAAUGUAGUUGGAUGGACACAAGAGAUGUCCUUGUUGUUAAUCCUACUAAUUCAAAUCAAGUGGAUCCUGAUUAUGUUGAAUCUGAGAAGCGACUGGAGAAAUGGUUUUCCCAAAGUCCAGCUUCAACCAUCAUUGCUACUGGCUUUAUUGCUAGCACUCCCAAAAAUAUUCCAACAACUUUAAAGAGGGAUGGAAGUGACUUCUCUGCUGCAAUUAUUGGUGCACUUUUCAGAGCUAAGCAAGUCACUAUAUGGACGGAUGUUGAUGGAGUAUAUAGUGCAGAUCCUAGAAAAGUUAGUGAGGCUAUAAUUCUUAAAACGCUAUCUUAUCAGGAGGCCUGGGAACUGUCAUAUUUUGGAGCAAAUGUCUUGCAUCCUCGCACUAUAAUUCCAGUGAUGAGGUACAACAUUCCUAUUGUCAUAAGAAAUGUAUUUAAUCACUCCUCUCCUGGAACAACGAUAUGCCACCCCAGUGCCGAUGAAAACGAGGAAUCAAGCUUGAACGCUGUUGUGAAGGGUUUUGCAACAAUAGAUAAUUUAGCUCUUGUUAAUGUUGAAGGGACUGGAAUGGCUGGUGUUCCUGGUACAGCUAGUGCCAUAUUUGGUGCUGUUAAGGAAGUAGGAGCUAAUGUUAUAAUGAUAUCCCAGGCUAGUAGCGAGCACUCUGUGUGCUUUGCGGUGCCUGACAAGGAAGUGGGUGCAGUUGCUGAUGCCUUGGAGUCCAGAUUUCGUCAGGCUUUGGAUGCUGGGCGCCUUUCUAAGAUUGAAGUUGUCAGGAAUUGCAGUAUUUUGGCAGCAGUGGGGCAGAAAAUGGCAAGUACUCCUGGAGUCAGUGCUACCCUUUUCAAUGCUCUUGCCAAGGCUAAUGUGAAUAUUAGAGCCAUAGCUCAGGGUUGCUCUGAGUACAACAUUACAGUAGUUUUGAAACGUGAGGAUUGCAUAAGGGCUUUGCGAGCUGCACAUUCAAUAUUUUUCCUGUCAAAAACGACUCUAUCUGUUGGCAUCAUCGGGCCAGGAUUGAUUGGGGGUACAUUGCUUGAUCAGCUCCGAGAUCAGGCUGCAACUCUCAAGGAGGAAUUCAAUAUUGAUCUGCGUGUCAUGGGAAUUACUGGCACACGAAAAAUGGUCUUGAAUGAUGUGGGAAUUGACUUGUCAAGAUGGAGAGAACUUCUAAAAGAGGAGUCAGAAGAAGGUGACUUGGAGAAAUUUACUCAACACGUUAAUGCAAGGCAUUUCAUUCCAAACACCGUCAUAGUGGACUGCACUGCUAGUUCAGAAAUAGCAAACAAUUACUAUGAUUGGUUACGCAGAGGAAUCCAUGUAAUCACCCCAAACAAAAAGGCCAAUUCAGGGCCUCUUGAGCGGUACUUGAAGAUAAGAGAACUUCAGCGUAGAUCUUACACUCAUUACUUUUACGAGGCAACUGUUGGGGCUGGUCUUCCAAUUAUUAGCACCUUGCGUGGACUGCUAGAAACUGGUGACAGAGUUUUGCGCAUUGAGGGCAUAUUCAGUGGGACAUUGAGUUACAUAUUCAACAACUUCGCUGGUGAACAGCAAUUCAGUGAAGUGGUAGCAGAAGCGAAAGACUCUGGCUACACUGAACCAGAUCCUAGGGAUGAUCUUUCAGGAAUGGAUGUCGCUAGAAAGGUAAUAAUACUUGCAAGAGAAUCAGGUUUGAAGCUGGAGCUUUCUGAUAUUCCUGUACAAAGUCUUGUUCCAGAGCCUUUGACUAAAUGCUCGUCGGCUGAGGAAUUCAUGCAGCAACUGAACAAAUAUGAUGGUGAAAUUGCAAAGCAGAGGAUAGAAGCUGCAAAUAAUGGCGAGGUGUUGAGAUAUGUGGGAGUUGUUGAUGUGGUUAAUAACAAGGGAAGUGUUUCACUGAAGCGUUACCCAAAAGAGCAUCCCUUUGCACAGCUCUCUGGUUCUGAUAACAUAAUCGCCUUCACAACAAUUAGAUACAAAAAUCAGCCACUUAUUGUUAGAGGACCGGGUGCUGGUGCAGAGGUUACUGCAGGAGGUAUUUUCAGUGACAUCCUCCGAUUGGCUUCCUACCUUGGUGCGCCUUCCUAAUGAUGUCACUCACAAACUUGGAGUAAAGAUUAUCCUGUUUUACUUUUUGUCUCAUUUCGAGUUAAAUUAAGUAUUCGGCAAUUCUCCUUGGGAAGUGUCCAACGAUGGUUUUGGAAUUGAGAUUUUGUACUUUUAGUCA